CUUUAUUUGACGUUUGUUUGUGGUACUUGAGUUGUCAAAAUGUCGGUCAAUGCACAGGUGCAUCUCGAUAAAAAUGAAAAUAAUAAAAAGAGUGAUAAAGCCCUAAAACCAUUAUUUCCGAAACAAGCGGAAUGUUCAUACGUGUCAUGUUAUUGUGAAGAGAACGUCUGGAAACUAUGCCAGGACGUAUCGAUACGGAUUCCUGGAGAGUUGGAUAGGUGCUACGUUGUGUUCAUCUCGAACCCCUGCCGUACCGUGCCCCUGUGGAAACAAAGGGCAGGGCGCGAAGAGGACCGCCUCGUCAUAUGGGACUACCACGUCAUAUUUCUGUACUCAGUGGAUUGCAAGACUUGUUUAGUCUACGACUUGGACUCUGAACUUCCCUUUCCUACUUUCUUUCACAAAUAUGUGACAGAAACAUUUCGCACUGAUCAAGUUUUAAAAUCUGACUUCCAUAGAUUCUUUCGUGUAGUUUCUGCAAAGCAAUUUCUGCAACAUUUUGCUUCUGAUAGGCGCCAUAUGAAGAGACCUGAUGGGUCUUGGAUUAAACCACCACCUCCGUAUCCUGCCAUCUGCACUUCAACUGCAACUCACAAUUUAGAUGAGUACAUCAACAUGGACUCUGAAUCUGGUCCAGGCCAGGUAUUCAACCUUACCGACUAUGUACAACGAUUCUAUAAAAUAGACAAGUAGUACAAAUUACGUGAGUUAGUUAGACUAAAUUUUAUUUUAAGUUUAAUACAUUAUAUUGUUAUGUCAUGGUUAAUGAUUUGUUGAUUAUGUUUUAAUAAUCUUUAUUGUUGAUUCCAUUGAUGUUAUUUUUACAACCUCAAUAGAGUAAUGAUUUUUUAAUUUUUAUAUUUUGUUAUUGUUUUAACAUAACAGUUUAUAAAAAUAAGUCAGUAUAUAUAGGGUGUUUAAAAAAAUGUUACUUUUUAAUUAAUAAUAGCACUGGAGUGACCACCUUGCACAUAAAGUGGUUUUGCACAAAAAUUAAAUUGAUUAGCCAAUUUCACAAUUUUACUAAGAGUUUUUCUCAUACUUCUAAUAAUAAUUUUAUCUCAAUAUUUUUGUGAAUUUUAUUAAUACUAUCUGGCAGUAAGCUAUGUUAUGAAAUUAAAAUAAUAUUCUAAAUUAGUUAAUUUUUUUAAAUAUACAUAACAUUUUUGUGAAGCUAAGUAAACAAAAAAAAUGAUAAUUGCAUAAUUUUUAAAUAAAAUAGAUAUUUUUUAAUAUUACAAAUAUUUACGAUUUACUUAAACUAUAAAAUUUGAUGUUAUUUAUCAUAUAUGUACUUUGCAAAAAACAAAUUAGGUAUUUUCUUUUUAAUCAGUAAAAUUGAAUUGACAGAGUAAAGUUAAGAUUUGCUCUUGCCUAUGAAUGUAGCCAGUAAGUGAUUAUUAUUGGAGUACAAGAUAAGCAUUCUUCCAUUUUGUAAUAAUUAAGAGUGAGUGCUUAUAAUUAUAUAGUAUGGACCAUGAAUGAUACAUAGCACUUAUUAUGUUUGGCUUUCUUUUAGAAUAUAAAUAUAACAGCAAAUUUCCUUUAAAAGAAGCCUUAAAAUAAUGCUUAAAAGUAUAAAUCAAGCGAUAAUAAUAAAUGGUUCUAAUAAUGAGACUUCCAAAAUAUAUUUGAAAUUUUCCCAUAAUAAAUUAAUAGUAUUUAACUUUAUUGUCCUUAUUAAGAGUUUAAAAUGUUAACCAUCACUUUCCUGUUGUUGCUGUAAUUAUUAUGUAACCUGUUGUUGCCAUGAGAUCUUAAACACGUAAAUUUAUAAUUUUUUAAAAAAUUCUGUAUUUAGUGACAACCAUGGAUUUUAUGAAUGGAUUGUAGCUUUAAUGGAGCAUUAUGUGUUAGUGUGAUUUAACGAGUUUGAACUCUAUAAAUUAAGGAUGUAGUUCUGUGUUAUUAACUGAGUAUUUUAUUAAUUUAAAAAUAUCCGGGUCUCCGGUUACGGAGCUUGAGAGCCCAAGCAAUCGGUGGUCAAAGUUUCAGAGUGAUUUACUUGCUCCGAUUCUGCGCCUUCUCGUCUUGUCUUGUCACUAGUCUGGGCCUUACAUUGUGGUUUUGAUGUAACAUAUGUUUUUUACAUUCUUAGUGAUUAUUUAAAUUACUAUUUCCGCUAUAGAUAUGCACCUAGAGAUAACGGUUUAUGCUGAUGCCUCCAAUAUUCCAAAUAUAUUUAAUUAUUACAAUGUCGUGCAGUUUUUAACAACAUUGAGCCCAUAUUUUCAUGUGGUAUUGAUGAAUCUAUAGUAAUAUUAUAGAGGUAACGUUUGUGGUAUCGUAAGGGGUAAUCUCUGGAUCUACUGAACCGAUUUCGAAAAUUCUUAUGACACUAGAAAGCCACGUUAUUUGUGAGAGUUACAGGCUAUAUUUUAUCUACUCAUUCUCGCGGGCAUGGGAAACCGCGGUGCGUCGUUUUGUGUUAUAUAACUUGGUGAUAGAGUUAUUAAUAAAUUGAUGGAUCGAUUCAUGAUAGAUUAAUUGAAUUGAAGUAUAAAAACAUUACCUCUACCUACAUACUUUGGUGAAAUACACUAACUUUUAAUUUAGUUAAUUAUUAGUAAGUGGGUCCAUAUAAUUUAUUUAGACAUGCAAUCGUUGACUACUGCUUAAUUGUACCUACAACACGCUUUUAAAAUGUUUGCGUGCUGCGAUGAAAAAAUUAUGGCUAGCUUUCGUUAUUACUAGGUAUUACUAUUAUCUAAAUCGCCUUCCCUUGAAUGCAUUUUCAAAGCCAAUAAAGCAAAGCAAAGCAAAUGAUAAUAAAAAAUCAUGCCGAUUUCAGAUAUUCUCGUUCGCUGAGUAAACUUGUGAAACUAAAAAAUGUACCUUAAUAACCCUUAGUUAGGUUAGGUGUAAAUAAUAAAAUGUAAUAGCUGAAAAUAAUAAAAGUCCGUUCCCACAAUUUAGAAUUUUCCAACUUGUUAUGUUACGUGUUUUAAUGCAACUAAACCCAAGGAUAUUAUGCAAAUUGAAAAGAAAAUAUCCUUGCGCUAGCAUACGACCUUAAAAGCAAUUAGGUAAGUGUAAUUAUGCAAAAACCAAAUUAGUUUUCUUUCUGACGCGGAAAAAGAGUUUAACUUUUAAAAUAUUCGCGUUUUCUCGGUCAGUAUUCGAGGUGAUUCGUGCUACAUUGUUACAUUGAACUACCUUGUGUAGGUACUGAAAAUCAUGUGAUCCAUAUCAGUUCGCGUGCCAUAAAGCUCAAACUUAAAGCACACCUAUUUUGUUACCUACUGGCUUUUAUCUAUGGUAUGGUAUGUUAUGGUUUAGUUUAGUGCAAUGAAGAAAUCUCUAUCUAACUUACCUACCUAGCAUUUUUAUAUUUUUGCUAUAAAAUUAUAGCACAAUUACAAAAAUUAAAAAUACAUAAAAAAAGAUUUUUUUUUAAAUAUUACCCCCAUCCUUAGGUUUAACAUCAAGUAUUCCGAUCUAAAAUGGCAAAAUGCCUCAGGUGCGGCACAUUGUGAGAACUUUUUUCUCUUGCCUAUACGCCAUGUUUUAUUACUUUUACAUGAAAAUGGGAUAAAAAAGAACAUUUUAAAAUUCCCCCUUUUAUUUAUUUUUUUAAGAAUAUCAACAUAAUUUAGUGCCUGACUGUCUAUCUAUUUGCAUGUCUGUGGUGGAUGUAUGAUAUUUAUUUUACCAACGUACUAUCAUAUUAAAGUAUAGGUACCUUUUGACAUUGUAUAUUUAGUGUUGUGUGUAUUAUUGUAUUUAUUAUAUUUAAGUGAUUUUAUUGUAGUGUAUUAUGGACGCGAGGUAGCUUUUGUAUGUUGUUAAAUCUAUUUAAAGUUUUUUAUCAACUUUUAUACACUCUUUUAUCCUUCCCUAAGCACCCUUAGAAAUGAAAAUGUAUCGAAUGUAGGUAUACCAAGAGCGAUGCAUUUUGUUUUAUUACCAAAUAGGAUAUAUUAUAUUUGUGUACGGUUGUUACUUACUAUAAUACUUCUAAAUAGGGCUCCCACAUACAUUAUAAUGUAUUAAUAAAAUUAUUACAUCUUCGCAUUUAGUAAGGCUAAUUGAAUAAAAAAAUAAAAACCGAUAUGUUGUAGAGUUUGGUACUAAGCCUAAAAUGUCUUUAAAAUUUUUAACAAUGGUUAUAACAUAUUUUUUAUGGUCCUUGGGUCCAAACAAAAUAUUUAUUAAUGACAAUACUGCUCAUACGUAAUAAUGGCAAGCGAACUAAAAUGGUGAAGCGUUUUCCUUCCUAGCCAUCUUCAAUUUUUUCAAUUAAAAUAAGUAAUUUACUUAAGAGCUGAUUUUUGCAGAAUAAGUAGAGAAAGAUAUUUAAAAACGUAAAGGUUCAUUCAUCAAAUCGGGGCACAAUAAUGUAUGAAAAUCUAGCGGACCCGGUACUUUGAAAACUGCGGAAUGCUCUAUACAAACAUCCACCCCCCAUUUUGGGAAGUGGGGGGUUAAAAAGAGACAAAAGUAACCUGUCUGAAACAAAAAGUAGUCUGUCACUCUGCCUUCCUUUCAACUAUCUCCACUUAAAAAAUCACAUCAAUUCGUCGCUCCAGAUAGAGUUUUUCACCAGACACACUUUCACAUUUAUAAUAUUAGUAUGGAUGGUGGGUCUUUUUUGACCAGUAGAUGUGGUUAUGAAUAAAUAUUUUGUUCCUGGGCCCAAAAACUAUUAGUACAUAGCGCCGUCAAAAUUGGUGUACAAUUUGUGACAGCUGUGAAAAUAAUGUGUCAACAAAUACAAUUUGGUAAAGAGUUGACAUUAAUUUUACAGUAAAUUGAAAUGUAUAUAUAUUAUUUAUAAUUUUAAUUAUUUUCGGUUGGUUUGAGAAUGUUUACUAUAAUAUUACCUUCUUAUUACAUUUACAUUUAGAAAUGUACCACGUUUACGUUUUUUUAUGAAAAUAUUCUGCAUUUAUGUGCACUCCGUCCAAUCGAAAUCCGCUGAUAUAUAAUAUUGAGAUUUUGGGAAUUCAAUUUAUGUUGGUGAUGAUGAUGAUGAUGACGAUGACUAUGACGCUAACGACGACGACGAUGACGAUAACGAUGACGAUGAAGACUAUGACGAUGACGAUGAUGAUGACAAUGACGAUGAUAAAGACUUCGACGAUGACUACGACGACGACGACGACGACGACGACGACGACGACGACGAAUACGAUGGCGAUGACGAUAAUGAUGAUGAUGACGAAGACGACGACGAUGACGAUGACGAUGACUACGUCGAUGACGACGACGAUGACGAUGACAACGAUGAAGAUAACGAUUAAUUGGCAGGACCCAAAUUCCAUUAAAUUUAAUUGAUAUCACGAUUUCAGAUCGGAUGUAGUGCACAAAAAUUGUGAAGCUUAAGUUAAUCAGAUAUUAGUGACAGUUUAAAAGAAAUUAUUUUAUGUUGGUGUCUACAAAAUGAACAUAAACAAUUUAAUUAUACAUUUACCCUAUUUUAGUAUGUACUAAGUAUUUAUUAUACUUUUAAGUAUAAUAUUAUAGAAAUAAGAAUUUCCAGAAGCACCAAAUUAUUAGACGGUAUGUUAAUCAGGUUAUUAUUGUAGGUACCUACCUACCUAUUGAUAAUUUGUAUACUUUCUGCAGGGUUCUUUAUCUGUGUUCAAAUAUAGGUUCUAGUCAAAUAUUUUAAUAAGACUUUAGUUUAAAAGUUCAUUCGUAACUUCCAAUUGCUUCUUAGAUUGUAACUUGGCCGCUUGGGAAACGUAGACGCUUAUUUGAAUGGCAUAAGCAGACAAAGUACAAUACCUACGUUUAUAUUAUUCCUAAUAAAAUAAAUUACUUAAGCUCACAGCUCGUGCGGAUUAACUUGACACCUGGCUCGAAUGAUGUUUGUACUGUGAUUGUUGUUUGGUUGUGUUUGAGAGCAAGGUAUCAAGUUAUUGCGCACGAGUUAUGGUUUAUGUUUAACUUUGUUUUGUCAUGCUUCAAUUUAUAGAAAGUACUGGUAUCAUUUAGGUACCUAUACCUACAUGUAGCCAUAAGAUGCGCCUUGACAUAAUAUCGUCGACCAAUAAGUGCAGAGCCGGAAAUAUCGGUGUCUCUUUUUAAUUGCGAUGUGACAAAAGAGAGAUCUAUAUUUCCGAUUCGGUCCAUGUUUGUCGACUAUGUCUUCUUUCUCUUCACGAUUGGUUGAGUAAAUAUAUAUAUACAUAUAUAUGUAUACCUAGCCUUUCUGUGUGUAAACUAAAGUUACGUUAUCACAGCGAAACACAUCGUUAAAUUAGGUAGCAUAUUCUACACCAAGUUAUUACUUAUUAGAUAUACCACACUACCUACUGAACUCAAAUUGUCUUCCAAAUGUAGAACGUCAACAAACUUGGAUAUUCUUUACUUUUUAAAACGAUUAAUGGGAAAUUCAUCCUUUCGAAAAAUUCCCUCUGAUAAGUGCCUACGUUUCGCAGCGUCUUAGUAUGUCUUUGUAACCGAUUCUCUAUUUCUAAACUAUAAACGCUCUUGAUAUCUAGUCAUAAACUUUCGUCUACUUUACUAUUAAGGAGUUAUCUAUAGCUACGUAUUUUAUUCGUGAUUCGAGGCGUAGCUGGAUUCUUUAUGGGACCAAAAAAAAAAUAAAGAAAAAAAAAACAAAUUGAGAAUGGAUGAACACAGUGAUUAAAUGGAUGGUAACAAAAGUAGGGGCUGUGUUUAUGUCCCACUAGUUACGCCUUAGGCUGGAUCCAGAUUAUAGUGCUGUUUAUGGUACGGUCUUAAUGCGUAUAGACACUUACCUACUUGAAAAUUUUGGAUGUGUUUCGUUGAAUGCAAAUUUUUGUUGCUUAAUUCAGGGGUCGGCAACCUGGGCCUAACGACAAGUUCUUAACUCUGAAGCGAUUCCCUGUUCCGGUGUCUACCACCAACUAGUUAUUAGGUAGGUAUAUUAAUUACUAAACUGAGCUUCUUGAGUUGUCCUUACCCCUGUUGCUUUUUUAAUUGUUUAUUCAUUUACCUAUGUAUGUAUAGUUUAGUCCACCCGUAUCGAUCAUAGUAAACCGUAUUCAGCGCUAUAAUGUGAAUCAUCCCUUAGGCUACGUUUACAUUAGCUCAGUAGCAAACGCUUACAACUUUUCUCUUUCAUAUGAAACACACCAACAAAAAGAAACAAAUAAUGUUCGGAAAUUUUAAUAUUUAAAAUUAAAGUUAGACGGCCAGCUACUGCGAGCAUGAUUACCAAUUAUCUUCACUACAGUUACCUACUUAGCACAGUAGCACUUGACACCUGCUGCGAAGUGCGAAAAGCCAUUGCAAGUUCAAGUGAAUUAAACUUUAAAUAUUAAUUUGCCGUGCCGUGCGGUAUUCCUCUGUCAAUACAAUAAAUACGUUCUAAGCUGACUUUCAUUCGUCACUUAUUACAAGUAGUAAGUAUUAGCUACUCGGCUAAUGUAAACUUGCCUUAAUCUUACUAAUGUUUAUGAGACAUUUCUAAACUAUCGAUACCUUCCUUCGGAGCCUUUGAAAAAUUUUUAUGUAUGACUGACAGCAUAUAAAGUGAUAAUAAAUCCAUCAUGCUUAUGCUUUUAAUGUAACAAGUUAUAUUUUUUAAUUUUAACGAUUCCAGCUAAAAUAAAAUAUUAUGACACGCAA